UCUUUGCCUUAUUUUCCCCCGAUAUUGUCAACCAAAUGUGUUGCGUUUGCCGCGAGAAUCGGUUCGUUGUCUUGUCUCUCCUGCCGCUCGAUAGUCGACACGUGAAUCGGAAAUCAGGAAUCGGGAGUGUGAAGUGGUCGCUACAGGAUCUGUAGAGUGAUCUCAAAGGGAUCGUUUCGGUGCUAAAGUGAAGUGCAGUGAAGUGGCAGUGACGAUGACCAAGUACCACAGUAUCGGCAGUGAAAUGCAAACUGGCCACAGCAUUAAGCAGGAGUACAACAACAGCUACCCGCAACAGCAACAUCCUUCAUACGGCUACAGCAGCUACAACCCAUCCCUGGGACACAGCCAUCCACUGGGACAGACCAAUGCCAAUGCCAGCCAAAAUCCCCACCAGACACUGCAGAACUUCUUCAGCCGCUUCAAUGCCGUCGGUGAUCCGAAUUCCGGCACAAAUGUUGCCUCCGCCUCCACAUCAGCCUCCUCGUGCAGCUACGGCCAGAGUGCAGGCCAUCCGGCGGAUCUGGACAAGCAGCUGGCGAUGACCAUGACUCCGUCGCCCAUCUACACCACGGACUACGACGACGAGAACAGCAGCCUGGACUCCGAGGAGCAUGUUCUGGCGCCACUGGUCUGCGCCUCGGCCCAGUCCUCGCGUCCCUGCCUCACGUGGGCCUGCAAGGCGUGCAAGAAGAAAAGCGUCACCGUGGACCGACGAAAGGCGGCCACCAUGCGAGAGCGCAGGAGACUGAGAAAGGUUAACGAGGCCUUCGAGAUACUAAAGCGACGCACAUCAUCCAAUCCCAACCAGCGCCUGCCCAAGGUUGAGAUAUUGCGCAAUGCCAUCGAGUAUAUCGAGAGCCUGGAGGAUCUGCUUCAGGAAUCCUCACCCUCACGCGAUGGCGACAACCUGGCGCCGAGUCUAAGCGGCAAAAGCUGCCAGUCCGAUUAUCUGAGCUCCUAUGCAGGCGCUUAUCUGGAAGAUAAGCUCAGUUUUUACAACAAACACAUGGAGAAGUAUGGGCAAUUUACGGACUUCGAUGGGAACGCCAAUGGUUCGAGUUUGGAUUGCCUGAAUCUCAUUGUCCAGAGCAUCAACAAGAGCACAACAGCAAGUCCUGUGAAGAGCACCGCCACGCCAGUGUCCACGAAGACGCCGCCAACAAUGGGAGCAACGGCAGCCACAAGUCUACACGCGAGUUUCAAAAGGAAAUGCAGCACUUAGCACUAAGAUUCCCCGUCUCCAUUAGGUAAUUGUAAAGUUAUUUAUAAGAGGAUACACGAGAUACCCAGUGACCCACCAGUUUAUGAUUAGGAGUUGACUUAAAUUAUUUGUAUAGCUUUAGCACUUAAUUAA